GCUCUCUACCUUACCUCUCCUCACGAGGAUACCUCGUGUUCGAGUGUUCUCCAACUUGCUGUCUCUCUCUGCAGCAAUGGGAGUACUUUUAUUAUAAAGACACCCAAUAUUGGCCGCAAGUACAUCGUAAACACACCUCGGUUCCCGGUUCGGUCGAGCCUCGACGACCUAGUCGCCCAUCAUGGCUACCACUUCGCAUAUGUUUAUGUACUCCCUGACAAUCCAGCCGCCAACCGCGAUUACACAGGCUAUUUUGGGCCAGUUUGCGGGAACGAAAGAGCAGCAGAUUGUCACCGCGUCCGGGUCGAAGCUGACUAUUCACCGACCCGAUCCUACCCAGGGCAAGGUCAUUCCGCUAUACACUCAAGAUGUCUUUGGCAUCAUCCGAACACUGGCUGCUUUCAGGCUAGCUGGUAGUAACAAAGAUUACAUAAUUAUUGGGUCGGACUCGGGACGCAUCACCAUCAUUGAGUAUGUACCCUCACAGAAUCGAUUCAACCGGAUUCAUCUUGAGACGUUCGGCAAGUCGGGCGUGCGUCGCGUCGUUCCUGGCCAGUAUUUGGCGGUCGAUCCUAAGGGUAGAGCAUGUCUCAUUGCGUCGGUGGAGAAGAACAAGCUUGUUUAUGUUCUGAAUCGAAACUCGCAGGCCGAGCUUACGAUCUCAUCUCCGCUGGAAGCGCACAAGCCACAGACUUUGGUGUACUCAGUAGUUGCACUAGAUGCUGGGUAUGAGAACCCCGUCUUUGCUGCCCUUGAAGUGGACUAUUCCGAGUCUGACCAGGAUCCGACGGGUCGGGCAUACGAAGAAGUUGAAAAACUUCUAGUAUAUUAUGAGCUCGAUCUUGGCCUCAACCAUGUUGUCCGAAAAUGGACUGAUCCUGUCGACCGCACAUCAUCGAUGCUCUUUCAGGUGCCUGGUGGAGCCGAUGGCCCGAGCGGUGUUCUUGUAUGUGCGGAAGAUAAUAUCACCUAUCGACACUCGAACCAAGAUGCUUUCAGGGUACCUAUACCGCGUCGCAAAGGCGCAAUGGAAAAUCCUGAGCGCAAGCGUUGCAUUACAGCUGGUGUAAUGCAUAAGAUGCGUGGGGCUUUCUUCUUCCUCUUACAGACCGAGGAUGGUGACCUUUUUAAGCUCACGCUUGACAUGGUUGAGGAUGACAAAGGCCAACUCACGGGGGAAGUGAAAGGAUUGAAAAUUAAGUAUUUCGAUACAGUACCCCUGGCUUCGAGCCUGCUCAUCCUAAAGAGUGGAUUUCUCUAUGUUGCCGCCGAAGGUGGAAAUCAUCACUUUUAUCAGUUCGAAAAACUUGGCGAUGACGACGAGGAGACUGAGUUCAACAGUGAUGACUUCUCAGCAGACCCGGCAGCCCCCUGUACACCUGUCUAUUUCCAGCCUAGGGGUGCUGAAAAUCUGAAUCUCGUGGAGGCUAUAAACUCUCUCAACCCACUGGUUGAUAGCAAGGUUGUGAAUAUCUCCGAGGAUGAUGCUCCCCAGAUUUUUACAGUUUCUGGCACAGGUGCUCGAAGCACUUUCCGGACGUUAAAACAUGGUUUGGAGGUCUCUGAGAUAGUGGAGUCCGAGCUUCCUAGCGUACCAUCAGCUGUUUGGACGACAAAGCUUACCAGGGCGGAUGAAUUCGAUGCGUACAUUGUACUGUCCUUCGCAAACGGCACUCUCGUUCUUAGCAUCGGUGAAACUGUAGAAGAAGUGACUGAUACCGGGUUCCUUUCGUCAGCGCCCACCCUGGCUGUUCAGCAGCUUGGCGAGGAUUCCCUUAUUCAAAUUCAUCCUCGAGGCAUUCGCCAUAUUCUCGCAGAUCGAAGAGUGAACGAAUGGCCUGCGCCGCAACACCGCUCUAUCGUGGCCGCCGCGACAAAUGAGCGCCAGGUUGCGGUUGCGCUCAGCUCAGGUGAGAUAGUGUACUUCGAGCUGGACGCUGACGGGUCACUCGCUGAGUAUGAUGAACGACGCCAAAUGUCUGGAACUGUAACGUGUCUCAGUCUGGGCGAGGUACCAGAAGGUCGCGUCCGAAGCUCAUUCCUGGCUGUCGGUUGUGACGAUUCGACAGUCCGCAUCCUCAGCUUGGACCCGGAUACGACGUUAGAAAACAAGUCUGUUCAAGCGUUGACUGCUGCACCAUCCGCUCUGAACAUUAUUGCCAUGGCUGACUCUAGCUCUGGCGGGACCACUUUGUAUCUUCAUAUCGGUCUUCACUCAGGCGUCUAUCUUCGAACGGCGCUUGACGAAGUGACCGGCGAAUUAUCCGACACACGCACUCGGUUCCUGGGAUCUAAAGCCGUCAAACUCUUCCAGGUCUCAGUGACAGGCCAGACAGCCGUGCUUGCCCUGAGCUCGCGUCCUUGGCUUGGCUACUCCGAUACCCAAACAAAAGGCUUUAUGCUUACGCCGCUGGACUAUGUUGGACUCGAGUGGGGGUGGAACUUUUCGAGCGAGCAGUGCGUCGAGGGUAUGGUGGGUAUUCAAGGGCAGAACCUAAGAAUCUUCUCGAUUGAGAAACUGGACAACAACAUGCUGCAACAAUCCAUACCUCUGGCAUAUACGCCACGCCACUUCAUCAAACAUCCAGAAGAGCCCUUGUUUUAUGUUAUCGAGGCCGACAAUAACGUUCUGUCGCCAGCAACACGGGCCCGGUUGCUUGAAGACUCAAAGGCUCGCGGCGGCGAUACAACGGUCCUUCCUCCGGAAGAUUUUGGAUAUCCUCGCGGUACAGGCCAUUGGGCUUCUUGCAUUCAAAUAAUCGACCCAUUAGAUGCGAAGGCGGUGGUUGGAGCAGUCGAGCUCGAAGAGAAUGAAGCAGCUGUGAGCAUUGCUGCUGUUCCGUUCACUAGUCAGGAUGACGAAACAUUCUUGGUCGUGGGAACUGCCAAAGACAUGACUGUCAACCCGCCUUCCUCAGCGGGAGGGUACAUUCAUAUCUAUCGGUUCCAAGAGGACGGAAAGGAGCUGGAAUUCAUCCACAAGACGAAAGUCGAGGAGCCUCCUCUGGCACUUCUUGGAUUCCAAGGUCGUCUAUUGGCUGGUGUUGGAUCUGUGCUUCGAAUCUACGAUCUUGGAAUGAAGCAGCUGCUCCGAAAGUGCCAGGCUGCUGUUGCUCCAAAGGCUAUCGUUGGCCUUCAAACCCAAGGCAGCCGAAUUGUGGUUAGCGACGUCCGUGAAAGUGUCACGUACGUUGUCUACAAAUAUCAAGAUAACGUUUUAAUUCCGUUUGUGGAUGAUUCCAUUGCCCGCUGGACUACGGCAGCGACGAUGGUGGAUUACGAGACAACGGCCGGGGGUGACAAGUUUGGUAACCUCUGGUUGGUGCGAUGCCCAAAGAAGGCCUCUGAGGAGGCAGACGAGGAAGGCUCAGGCGCUCAUCUGAUCCACGACCGCGGAUAUCUUCAAGGAACGCCGAACCGGUUGGAGCUGAUGAUCCAUGUAUUCACCCAAGACAUUCCGACCAGUCUACAUAAAACCCAGCUGGUAGCUGGUGGUCGUGAUAUCCUAGUGUGGACAGGAUUUCAAGGCACAAUUGGCAUACUUGUGCCAUUUGUUAGUCGUGAAGAUGUCGACUUUUUCCAGAGUUUGGAAAUGCAACUGGCAUCGCAAUGCCCGCCGCUUGCCGGGCGUGAUCACCUCAUCUACCGGAGCUACUACGCGCCGGUGAAGGGAGUUAUUGACGGGGACCUGUGCGAACAGUACUUCCUCCUGUCGAACGAUACGAAGAUGAUGAUUGCUGCGGAAUUGGAUCGCUCAGUCAGGGAGAUUGAGCGAAAGAUCUCGGAUAUGCGAACAAGAGUGGCGUACUGAUUUAGCGAAUAUGGCGUUGGCGGGCGCUGGUCCACCGAUAAUAUUGCCUUUCUACUCUAUUCAAUCUAAUUAUUACCUUCACUCCUC